AUGGCUGCAAAACUCUCUGCAGUUAUAGAUUUCCAGUACCACCAUUGCAGCAUUUCAUGUCCUUCCGACAAGCAUCACCCACCAUAUUUCAUUACUCUAUUAAGACCCUCCAAUCCCAGAAGAUUCACCGUUUUUUGCAGUUCGUCUAAAUCUCCCCCAAAGCCUCCUCCAUCUGAUGCGACGGAAUUCCGGGCUCGGAAAACACCGUCUUUAUCUGAGCAGCUCAAGCCGCUGUCCACCACCAUUCUUUCCGACCAACCAAAUCCAUCCCAGCAGCUCUUAUCCAAACCCAAGUCCGUUUGGGUCAACCCCACCAAGCGUAAGCCCUCUGUGCUUUCUCUACAACGCCAGAAGCGGUCUUCUUAUUCGUAUAAUCCCCAAAUCAGAGACCUCAAGCUCCUAGCCAAGAAGCUCAAUGAUUGUGACCCUUUUGACGAGGCUGCUUUCCAAGCUGUUCUUGAGGAGAUCCCUCACUCCCCAACUAAAGAAAAUACCCUUUUGGUGCUCAACAGUUUGAAACCAUGGCAAAAGACUCUUUUUUACUUCAAUUGGGUUAAGGCCCAGAAUACUUUUCCCAUGGAGACUAUCUUUUACAAUGUCACCAUGAAGUCUUUGAGGUUUGGCAGGCAAUUUCAACAUAUUGAGAACCUUGCAAAUGAGAUGAUUGAAAAUGGGGUUCAGCUCGAUAACAUUACUUAUUCCACUAUUAUCUCCUGCGCGAAAAGAUGUAAUCUUUUUGAUAAGGCUCUGGAGUGGUUUGAGAGGAUGUAUGCUACCGGUGUGAUGCCGGAUGAGGUGACAUACUCUGCUGUUCUUGAUGUGUAUGCGAAACUCAGGAAAGUUGAGGAGGUUAUAAGUUUGUAUGAGAGAGGGAGAGCAAGCGGGUGGAAGCCUGAUGCUGUUGCUUUUUCUGUGCUGUGUAAGAUGUUUGGGGAAGCAGGAGAUUAUGAUGGUAUAAAGUAUGUGCUUGAGGAAAUGAAGUCACUUGGUGUACAGCCCAAUUUGGUUGUUUACAAUACCAUGUUAGAGGCAAUGGGGAAGGCUGGGAAGCCCGGAUUAGCGAGGAGUUUGUUCGAGCAAAUGGUGGAUUCAGGGGUUACCCCUGAUGAAAAGACACUGACCUCGUUAAUCAAGGUUUAUGGGAAGGCGAGAUGGGCGAAAGAUGCGUUGGAGCUUUGGGAACGGAUGAAGUCGAAUGGAUGGCCGAUGGACUUCAUAUUGUACAAUUCGUUGUUGAGUAUGUGUGCUGAUCUUGGGUUGGAAGAAGAGGCUGAGCAACUGUUUCAAGAUAUGAAGGGAUCAGAACGUUGUAAGCCGGAUAGUUGGAGCUACACUGCAAUGCUAAACAUAUACGGAAGCGGGGGUAAAGUUAAUAAGGCGAUGAAGUUGUUUGAAGAGAUUAAGGAAGAGGAAGGUGUUGAGCUCAAUGUCAUGGGAUGCACUUGUUUGCUUCAAUGCCUUGGAAAAGGGAAGAGAAUCGAUGAUUUGGUUAGGGUGUUUGAAAGUUCAAUUGAAAGUGGCAUUAAACCAGAUGAUAGGCUUUGUGGGUGCUUAUUGUCUGUGUUGGCUAACUGUGAAGGUGAAGAAGAUGCAAGUAAAGUGAUUGCCUGUCUACACAGAGCCAAUCCAAAUUUGGUAGCUUUCAUUAAGCUUUUGGUAGAGAAAGAGACUAAAUUUGAGGUUGUGAAAGAGGAGUUCAAGACCAUACUCAACAACACUGCUGUGGACACCAGAAGGCCUUUCUGUAACUGCAUGAUUGACAUUUGUCGAAAACGGGAACUAAACGAGAGAGCUCAUGAGCUUCUUUACAUCGGUACAUUGUAUGGAUUGUACCCAGGACUACUGUAA